GCGACGCAAAUGUGGCUGUUUGCAGUGGGCCGGCUGAGUGUCACGCGAUAGAGGUGUGACUGUUUUUGUGGACUUCCAGUUCUCUUUUGAGAAAGUAUGAAGCUAGAAAAGAGAAACUAGUGCGGUUAGCAUUAACGGGGCUAAUUGAGAUAACGGAAAACAAGUGUUUCAUCAAUUGAAGGUCUUACACAAACCAGGACCAGACCAAAGUUGACUGUUAAUCAUGGCUAACAACGGGGAUGCCGAUGAGAGCACCCCUCUAUUGGACUCCGAUGACACGCCUUUACCCCCAUCAGUCUUCCAGGGAAGGAGACUUGCUUGUGCUGCCAUCCUUUUUGCUGAAUCCCUAGAGAGGAUUGCUUUCUACGGCAUCACAUCCAACCUAGUACUGUUUCUCAAUAGUAAUCCUUUUUAUUGGCAGGGUACUCAGGCAAGUCAGGCUCCUCUGAUGUUCAUGGGGAUAACUUACCUGAUUUCACCAUUCGGAGGCUGGUUAGCAGAUGCAUACCUGGGGAAAUUUUGGACUAUUGCCUCAAGUUUAAUCUUGUAUUUUAUUGGCAUGCUAUUUUUCCCUUUGAUUUCACGUGAUGACAGCAGGAUACGGCUAUGUGGAGAAGAGACAGCAUUUCCACUGCAACCUGUUGAAUGCACAAACGGCACCCGUACACCAGAUGUUAACUGUCCUAUUCGAGCCCCAUAUUGUGGCCCAGUGGUCUACAUUGGACUGUUUUUAAUUGCACUAGGUGUGGGGACGGUGAAGUCAAACAUCACUGCAUUUGGAGCAGAUCAGGUCAAAGACAAAGGACCGGAGGCUACUCGCAGGUUCUUCAACUGGUUCUACUGGUGCAUCAACCUAGGAGCCAUUCUGUCUUUGGGCGGUGUAGCUUAUAUCCAACAAAACAUCAGUUUUGAGAUCGGUUACAUCAUUCCUGCCGUGUGCCUCGGUGUGUCCUUCCUGGUUUUUCUUCUUGGUCGUACAGUUUUCAUCACAAAGCCUGCGGAUGGCAGUGCCUUCUCAGCUAUGGCUAAGAUCUUCGCCUUUGCCUGCUGCUCACAGAAACCAAAGGAGACUAGCUUACUGGGCAACAAACCAGCUUUGCUUGACAGUGCCAAAACAAUUUAUGGAGGGAAGUUUCAAGAGGAAAAAGUGGAGGAAGUCAAAGCACUGAUAAAAAUCCUUCCAGUUUUCUUUGCCCUUAUUCCUUACUGGACAGUGUAUUUCCAGAUGCAGACAACGUAUGUCCUGCAGAGCCUCCAUCUGAAGAUUCCCGACACGCCCUCAAACAUCAGCGACGACUCCCAUCGGAUGGCGUUUCACUUCCCGGCUGCAUGGCUCACCAUGUUUGAUGCAGUGCUCAUCCUUAUGCUGAUUCCUCUUAAGGACAAAGUGGUGGACCCCAUCCUGAAGCGCCGCGGCCUGCUGCCCUCCUCUCUGAAGAGGAUUGCAGUGGGGAUGUUCUUUGUUAUGUGGUCGGCCGUCGCCGCGGGUAUUUUGGAGACGAAACGCUUGGAGUUGAUCAAAACCAAUGGUACCAUCAACCAGGUGCUUGGCAACGUUAUCUACCAUGCAGCAGAUUUACCCAUAUGGUGGCAGGUGCCUCAGUAUGUGCUGAUAGGAAUCAGUGAAAUCUUUGCCAGCAUUGCAGGUCUCGAGUUUGCCUAUUCUGCAGCUCCCAAGUCCAUGCAGAGUGCCAUCAUGGGGCUCUUCUUCUUCUUCUCUGGGAUUGGCUCCUUUGUGGGUUCUGGUUUGCUGGCUUUUGUCUCCCUCCAGAUGAUUGGCUGGAUGUAUUCCCCCAUAGAUUUUGGGAACAUCAAUGACUGCAAGCUGCACUACUACUUCUUCCUCUUGGCGGGGAUCCAGGGCAUCACCUUGCUGGUCUUUCUUAUUGUUUCUGUUAAAUAUGACAGGCAGAAGGGCAGAGCAGUGAGACAGAGACACACCUCCUCCUGACCUCCACAGCACGCGUCCCAGUGACCCCAGUACUCCUUCCCCCUCCUCUCGUGGAUCCCUGUGCCAAAAAGCUCCUGUAGAAUAGGUACUUACCUGUAGAAUAGGUACUUACCUGUAGAAUAUGUACUCACUAAUGAUACGACAGCAGCAUGGGCUUUUAUUGUCACAAUUGUACAAUUAUUUAUGGGUCUUUUAGCUUCCCAUUGAGGGGUUAUUUUCUCCUGUCUCACAAGACUCUCUCUCUCUCUCUGUCUCUCUCUCUCUCUCUCUCUCUCUCUCUCUCUCUCUCUCUCUCUCUCUCUCUCUCUCUCUCUCUCUCUCUCUCUCUCUCUCUCUCUCUCUCUCUCUCUCACACACACACACACACACAAACACACACACACACACCUGCUGUUUGCUCUUGUUUCCUUUCUUUGAUCAUUUGCACUAAACUUGAGGAGUGGUGCCAUAAAAAUGUGAUAGAUUGAUAUUUUCUAAACAUAUAAAUGAAGGUUUUAUAUUUAGAUUUGUCAUUUUUUUAUUAAAAACAUAUUUUAUACAUUUCAUCUAAUAUCCCAAUUAGUUAUUAGUACUAAUCAUCUUUUUAUUACAGGUUAUAAUUAAGCACUUAACACAGCUAACCUGGAACUGUGGUACUUUAGCAUCGGCUGUUUUUACACUGUGUCAUAUGAAAUGGUAAUUUAAAGGUAUGGAACACUGAAAAACAAUUUUUAAUUAUUAUUUUUGAAUUAUAAUCGCUCACUCCAAGUUUUUCAUGCAGGCUAAACAUGCUAAUAGUCUCCUACACCUAUCUCCUGCAUUAGUUUCCCCAUCUAUUUACUAUUAGAAAAUUUGCAGAGCAAAUAGGGAGCCUAAGUCUCCUCCCUUUCCGGUCGGCCCAUGGGUCCCCGGAAGAACGAAAAAAUGAAUGCAUCAACGGGGCUAAAAAUGCUAUUUCCUAAUCGGCUUUGCUUUACGCCCUGGAUCACACAUAUGUUGUACUGCAAUUUAAAUGAAAAGUAAUGAUGGGUGUUUCGACCAUGCCAGUCACAUACUUUGAGAUUUAUCAGCUUGUAAAAGCUCAUAAUUACUGUGAUUACAAAUCAGAAAUUGGCACGUCGGAUAUGUGACGUCACCACAUAAUCUCCUCUCCCCUAGCGUAGCUGCUACUUACAACAUGACCAGAUUUAUGGUGGUUCUUUCCUCCUGUGGGAAGUUUGCUGAACUUACAGACCUUUUCUCUCAGAUUUCUCCGUGUCUGGUUCGAUGACGUCACUUUACUGAAGUGCAGUUGUAGUGCUGGACUGAUUUUCACACAAAACCUAAAAUAUAAUUUUCCCCUGUUCGAAAAUAAGCACGUUCUUGGUAUCAAAAUGUGUCUUUGAAAUUCACUGACAUCAUAUAUGAAAUCCAUGCCACAAAGCAAGCGGAGUUAGAAAAUAGCGUUUUCAGCCCCAUUGACUUGCAUUCACUUUUUCGUUCUUCUGGGGACCCGUGGUCCGUAAAUAGAUAGGCAUGACUUAGGCUCCCUAUGGAGUCAGUGGUAGAGUCGCGUUGCUGUUUUCCAAUCCAAGGCGAGAUGUCCAAAUAUCAGGAAAUAAGACUCCAAAUCUCGCCUCGUUCAGCUUUCCUCUGAUGUGGCUUUCUGCUAGUUCCUGAAACAAACACAUCUGAGCUACCCCCGCCCCAAUUACGACUUGCAAGACAUUCAUUCCUUCUGGAGACCACUGCAAAUGCAUAGAUUAAAUAAGUGUUCAACACCUUCUAUUCCAGAUUAAAGGUAACUUUAUGCAGCAAAUUCCUGAAGGUACUUUAGCUAAACUUACACAAAGACUUACAGUUUAGUAUUUUCAUUUAAAUAAUUCAUUCUUUUUUUUUAAAUCCAAUGUUAAAAUCUAAUAUUGAGAUAGAGAAAAAAAUCUUCCCCAAUAAUUGUCCUGCCGCUUGUAGCUAAACUGCAAAUAGCCACAAAUCCAUCUAUAAGUCUGCUGUAAAUCCUCACAUGGCUCCACAUCUGAACAGUGACGACUUAAUGUUAAAAACACUGCCUGAAACUCCCACGGGGCUUCUGGGUAGUUUUCAUAACAGAAAUCUUAGCCCCUCCCAUCAGGAUAAUAAACCAAUUAGAAACAACCCAGCUAAUUGCAAAUGCUAGAAAUGACUUGUCACACUAAACAUGUGGAUCAUUACAAACCAGAGGCUUUUCACUUACAUAAACCAUUUUUAUCAUUGCUGUAUUUAGCAUUUAUUGCACCAAAUCACAACUGUCAGUAUUAUCAAUUAUUUGCUGUAAUAUUUUGUUUGAAGACGCUUUUUUUUCUAUAUUUAUACGACUGUGAUGCAUUUGCUUUAGCUUUACACUGUAAAGUGCCAAUGUGUGUCUUUUUUCUCCAACCUUAGAUGAAUAGAUCAUAAGUUACAGAAUUUUAUUAUGAGAAAACUCUCAGGGCUUUAGGAAUAAUGUCAUGUAAUAAAGAGUUACUCCAGGAAAUAUAAAACUCCAAGUCGUAUUUAUUGUCUGCUGUAAGUAAAGUCACAGUAAAAGUAACAGCAUGUUUAAAAAGCCUGAGUCGUUCUCCUCCCUGGCAGCGUCAGAGGAGCUUCACAGGAGUUUUAGUUUCAAAAUGCUAAAAAUCUGUUCUUUCUUUUGCUUUGUAUUUUGUGUUUACUUCCUUUCACAUAUCUAUUAUUUUAAGAUUUACUGUUCAUUUUAAAAUGAGGUUUUCAAAAUAAAAGAGAGCUGGAAUUCUGUUUUAGGUUUAACUUUAAUAAAUGACAUUGUUCUA